AUGGAGGGCAAGUGUCCACCGAUGCUACAUCGAUCCUCGAAUCUAGCGAUUUUCCUCUCAGGAACCGCAUUCGUCGGGAUGAUGGUUUCAAUGCCAGUGUUGUUUACAAUUAUGAACAACAUUGAAGAAGAAUUAAUGGAAUCACGUGUCACCUACGAAGAAAUGUCAAAUCUGAUGUGGAAGGACCUUAUGAGUGAAGGCGAACAUGUGCGCAGAACUCAAAGGCAGGCAUCAUAUAACGCCGCAACGGGACCGCUUUCAUCUGCAUCUGGUGGAGUGAGCUCCGGGACCUUAGGAGUUAAUGGAGGAACAUCUGGUGGUGUGAACUCUGGCAGACCUGGAGGUAAUGGCGCAGCAUCCGGUGGCGCGAACUCUGGCGGGUUUGGAGGUAACGGCGGAACAUCUGCGGGUGUGAGAGGCGGAGUUGCAAGCUCUUCAGCCGGUGCCGCCAGGGCGUGUCCGGCAGGACCAAAAGGAUCCCCUGGACCCAAAGGAGCACCUGGACAAAAUGGAUUUGAUGGAAUACCCGGAAAACCCGGUGUGUCUGGAAAUGGGGCAGGAUUUGAUGCGUCUGGUGGGCUUGGUUGCCCACCUUGUCCACCUGGACCACCUGGGUUGGCAGGCUACAAGGGAAUGAGAGGACCUCGUGGACCUAAGGGAAACAAAGGACCUCCUGGAAGCUCUGGCAACGAAGGAUCUCCGGGAGAGGAAGGUCCGGAAGGAGAUCGCGGUCAUCCUGGACCAUCUGGAGCACCUGGAGAAAGAGGUCCUCCCGGAGAAUCAGCCGUUGGGUUUGCCAAAGGAGCUCCUGGUCCUCGAGGAGAUAUGGGACCAUCUGGACCAGCCGGAGAUGAAGGUCUUCCUGGAGAACGCGGAGAUGAUGCCAAGCCAGGACCUCAAGGACCUCAAGGACCUUUGGGAGCUCCUGGAGAACCAGGUCCAGACGGGUUCCCUGGUCUCCCUGGACAAUCUGGUGGUGCCGGUUCUGAUGCUGAAUACUGCCCAUGCCCCGAUAGAUCCAAGAAAGGAGAAUAUAUUGCACCAGCUGUCCCCAGCUACAAUGCCGGUGCAGGAGCUCCUCCUCCCAGUUACAACGCUGGUGCAGACGGCGGAGCGUCGGCAGACGCUGCAAGACCUUCAACUCCAGUGGUUUCAGAAGGCGGCGGAUCAGCAGCGCCAACCAACGGUGGCGGUAGCUAUCCUGCAAACCGUAAUAGAAAGGCACGCGUCAACAAGCAGGCCCUGGCUCGCGCUCUCCGCAGAAAACUGGUCCUUCUUUAA